AGGAGGAGGGUGCCAGCAGAGCAGCCAAUCCCACGCUCCCCGGGAGGAAGAGGAGGAGCCAGGGCCCAGGGGCCCCCGCACAGCUCAGUCCCGCGCUGCGCCGGUCCCGCAGUGUCCUCCCGGUCCAGCGUUCCCGCUCGCAGACGACUUCCCUGGUGCAGACAUGGCCUCGGGUGCCGCCUGCACGCCAGUGAAGAUUGGAAUAAUUGGUGGAACAGGCUUGGAUGAUCCAGAAAUUUUAGAAGGAAGAACUGAGAAAUAUGUGGAUACUCCAUUUGGCAAGCCAUCUGACGCCUUAAUUUUGGGGAAGAUAAAAAACGUUGAUUGUGUGCUUCUUGCAAGACAUGGGAGACAGCAUACCAUCAUGCCUUCAAAAGUCAACUACCAGGCAAACAUCUGGGCUCUGAAGGAAGAAGGUUGUACACAUGUCCUAGUGACCACAGCAUGCGGGUCCUUGAGAGAGGAGAUCCAGCCUGGUGACAUGGUCAUCAUCGAUCAGUUCAUUGACAGGACAUCCCUGAGGCCUCAGACCUUCUAUGAUGGAAGCCACUGCAGCGCCAGAGGGGUGUGCCAUAUCCCAAUGGCUGAACCGUUUUGCCCCAAAACAAGAGAGGUCCUCAUAGAAACAGCCAAGAAGCUUGGUCUUCGAUGCCAUUCCAAGGGGACAAUAGUCACAAUUGAGGGGCCUCGUUUCAGCUCUCGGGCAGAAAGUUUUGUAUUCCGUACUUGGGGUGCAGAUGUUAUCAAUAUGACUACAGUUCCAGAGGUGGUGCUUGCUAAGGAGGCUGGAAUUUGCUAUGCCAGCAUUGCCAUGGCAACCGAUUAUGAUUGUUGGAAAGAGCACGAAGAAGCGGUGUCAGUGGAUGGGGUCUUAAAGACCAUGAAAGAAAAUGCCAACAAAGCCAAAAGCUUACUCCUUACUACCAUACCGCAAAUAGGGUCGAUGGAAUGGUCAGAAACCCUCCGAAAUCUGAAGAACAUGGCCCAGUGUUCUGUUUUACCACCAAGACAUUAACACAGCGUGGCUGCCACAAGAAGACUUACAACUUCUCGUCUUUGGGGGACUUUGCUUAAACAAAAAAAACGGGAAAGAUUUAUACGGCCUUCGUGCCUUUGCUUGGAAAGAAGAGCAUGUGAUAAGAGCGCAACAGUGCGCUCCACCAAGAAACCGACUCCUCCAGAACCCGGAAGGAAAGCAGUACCUGCAGAAAUAUGAGGGAACAAGCCCAAAACCUUGUCAAUCAUUUCUAAUCAACUGACAACAAAGGUUGACAUCCAUUUCCCUACACUGCUAACGAAAGACUAUGGGCGUGAAAUGGGACUGUAUGCAUGUAUGUUGGCACCAUCUUUCUGGAGGGCAAUUUGAUACAAUGCAUCUGAGGCUGAAAAAUACUGGAUGUACUUUGGUACCCUAGGAAUUUCUCUUUAAGAAGUUAUGGGAGACUCAUUCAAAGAAUCACAAGUAAUCUCAAAAACAUUAGGUAGAUGAGAUGUACCAAUCAAGUGGAAUGAGGGGGGAAAAGGGUAUAAGCUUUUAUGACACUGGUUUUUUGGUUUUAAAUGGUGUGCAAAUGUACAAAAAAAGACUAGGAGGAAAUAUGCAUAAUCCUAUUACUGUAUUUGUGAAGAGCUGCUGGAUAAUUCUUAUUUUCUUUUAAUACUUUUUUUAAAAAGUAAGUGUGAUCAAAUAAUAAAGUUGUAAAAAUUAAAAUGGA